AUGGGCAAGGCAGGCAGAAUAGCGUGUAUCUUCACGCCGUAUGCCCUCUCGAUCGCUUCGUUAGUUUGUCUUGUCUUGGUCGCUCUCGGUGCAACAAAGCCAAGCGAUCCGCUGAACACCAUAUACUUCUUGAAGGCCGAUUUGCAUGAUAUCAAAACAGACUCCUUGGGCAUCGGCGAGGAUUUGUACCCAAUCGGAAAGGGGCUGCAGCAAGCACAAGCCUCUGGAAAGCUCCACGACUACUACAUCGUGGGCUUAUGGAACCACUGCUACAAGGACGGUGAAAAUGGCGACUACAAAUGCUCUGAGAAGAAAGCAAAGUACUGGUUCGACCCGAUCGACGUGUGGGAUCUGGGCGACGAUGUGCGAGAGUUUAUUCCCGACUCCUUGGAAAAAGGGUUGAACACGUAUAAAACGGUCGCCAAGUGGCUGUUUAUCGCGUACGCCGUCGCCAUCGCUGCCAAUGUUGUCCAAUUGGUUGUCGGCAUUUCUGCCAUUUUCAGUCGAUGGGGUAGCCUGGCAACAACCGUUUUCGCCGGCGUACAUUUCCAUGCUCUUCACAAUCCUCGCCUCCAUCACAGCGACUGCACUAUACGGAAUCCUUGCCAGUGCCAUCAAGACCGGCCUGAAGCCAUUCAACAUCGGAGCAAGCCUGGGUUCCCGCAUGUUCGCCAUCACCUGGCUCGCCACCCUCUUCGCCUUCGCCGGCGGAAUCUUUUGGCUUUUCAGCGUCUGCUGCUGCUCCGGACGAUCUCCGUAUGA